UGCUGAUUCACUUUCCUUUUCUUCCAGCUCCUCAGUUUGACUUUGAAUCUCAACGGAUGCUGGUUGCGUGUGGCACUCAAGAGCAUGUGGGAUUCAGAAAAUGGGAGCCUUUCUCACCCCCAGCACCCUGGGGCCGAGCCAGAACACUCUCCUUCUCCUGUCUUCCAUCCCCAGUUCAAGCAGGCAGGUUCAAGAGUGUCGCUCUUUAAAUACACUCCACCGUGGCAGGUCUUCUGUGCAGCUCUGGGGUCCAGGUCGCAGAAUCUACAAAGCCCAGUUGUUGAUGCAAACAUUUCUCAAGAAAACUGGAUGACUGAAGAGAUUCCUGUCACUAAGGAACAUCUUCCAGAAACUCAAGACGACGUCCAUGAAAUCUCUCUUCCAAAAAUGGAGUCUGACACCAGGGACAUUCUCUACAAUUCCGCUCAGAACACAGAGUUCAGUUAUGAAGGUCAACAUGAGCAGAGUGGUCAACAAGCAGUCUUACAACAAGAAAUAAGCCUUGAGGACAAAGAUAAUGAGUUUCUUGACUUGGGUCAUCCUGAUUUGAAGGUUGAAAAUGGAUGGAGAAUGUUAGAUUCCACAGAAGAUCAAUCCCAGUGGAUGGCCAAAUCUAUAAAUGGAAGGACAGAUCUCUGGAUGCCACCCCCAGACAGAGAAUCCAAGUUGGAAGUACUCAAAUCUGGCUCACUCUAUGACAUCCGGGCUUACAAAGGAGAGAAGAAACCUUCCAGACUCUAUGAAGAAGAUGAUGAGGGGUUGCAAUAUAAGAUUCCCUCCAAGGUUGCCUCACCAGAGAUAGCCAAACAACUGGAAGAUGAACGGCAGGAGAUUAUCAGAAGCCAAGUUGUGAGAAAAAGCAAUACAAUAGCAGAAAAAUGGAGCUCCACGAAUGAGUUGGAAGCCAAUAACAUGGCCUCUCUUGGCAAGGGUACAACAGAGCCCAGAAGGAACUACUCCACUAGCUUUGCUCUUUGUUUUGACAAUCCUUCCCCAGAUUGGGAAAGCAUCCCUGUCAAUCCUGAGAACAUAGAUACAGAACAGAUUAAUUUUGCUGCUGCCCGACAGCAGUUCCUUGUGCUGGAAAAGACUAAUCCAAAGAUGCUGCUGGAACCCAAGAAACAAGUUCCUUCUGUGAGGGAGCUGAAGGCAACAAGCCAUGUUUAUGGGAGCAAAGAACCUCAGGAUCCUGAAAUGCCAAGGAAGGAUAAGGAUUCAGAUGAGUGCAGCCAGAGACGAUUGAAAGAAUUUUCAAAGGGGGCAGACCUUCUCAUUCUCCCCCAAAGAGAAGCCAAUUCUUAUUCAGGGACUAGUUUCAUUUCUGGAGAAAAGAUGCCUUCUAGCUUGAGGGAAGCACUCCCUGACUUGAGCACGGGGAAUGUUAAUGGAAGGACAUCCAAAAAGGAAUCAGGAAAUCCUCUGGCCAGGGGCCAAGAUCCUGCAAAAGAGCCAGAAGUUAGGAAUGAGACCCCCAUUGAGCGGGAAAUCAGAUUGGCCAUGGAGAGGGAGGAGAACCUUUGGAAAGAGCGGGGCAUCCAGCGAAUCAGUUCCAGAGAUGAUCUGGUGGAGAUCCGAUCCAAGCCUCUUCUCUCAUCCCCAGUCUCUUCUCCAGCUUCCUCCAGGAAAGGGAAGGAUAAGCCUCGCAUUUCCUUUUAUGUCCAGAGGGAGAUUGAGCAGGAAACCAAGCGUGAGGAGGACCUGCAAAAGGAAGGGAGGUUGCCAGGAAUAUAUGACCGAGGACUUCGCCAAGAGCUUGCAGAACGUCGGAAAAUUUUUGAGCGGGAGGAGGAAGAGGCUCCGCUGCCUUCUCUGUGCAAACAAAAGAAAGAGGGUGAGCUGCUGGAGCCCCUGAAUGGUGACUCUGCACCAGUUUGUUGUGCCGUUGUCCCACACAAGGAGGACAGAGAAAGAAUUGUAAGCCAGAAUGUGAACUGGAGCUCUGAGAUCCAUCGGCCCUCUUCAGUUCCAGCUGUUGGCAAGAAAACCCCAGGAAAUGAACUAUCCUUAAACCUGUGCUCCGCUGCUUCUACCCGAAAGAUGGAUUUCCCUAGCCAAAGCCCUUCCUGUAGCCAGGAUUUGAAAUCUCCAAGAGACAAGUUUGUGCUAAAGAAGCAACAUUUUGCCAUUCCGAUUCGGAAAUUCCAGUUCUCGUUUCCUGAAGGUCAGAGACCCCCAAGCCUUCAGAAAAAAGAGCAUAAACCUCAGAAAGCAGCUCCACGGGAUGAGCUCUAUACUGUGAAGACAUGGCGGCCCCGGACAUCCACCCUGAUUGACCAGGAAAUCCAAGAUGCUUUGCAAAGAGAAUUGGAACUUCAAGAGCAGAGGAGAAAGAUCAGAUUGACCACCGAGGAGCUCCCAAGUUCACGGGUGUCAUCUCAAAGUUCAGCUGCAUCAGGAGAUGCUGGCAGUUACUCUGUGUCCUCCUCGCCUGUUUUUGUUCCUAAUUCACCCAUGAAGUUACCUACUUCACCCAUCCUGUACCGCACCAGUGUAACAACAAACUCCCCUGAACCAAACUUCAGAACAUGCCAGAGUCCAAUACAGUCCCGGAUGAGGCCAAAGGAGGAAGGGAAGUAUGCUGGUAUUGAACUCAAGGAUGAGAUUGACAGUGAGGUUGUGAAAUCCACCAAGCCGAUCUGCCGUAGGGGCGUCCUGGCUCAGCUUUGGGAGACAGGGCAGAUCCAGAACAUAGAUGAUGACAGUGACUGAUGAAAACACCCCUGUCGUGUUAUGCAAUUCAAGAAAGGAAUCAGAUCUGCCAAAAUGGCUCCAGGCAUGGUGCCAGCAGGGAUUCUUCUGCUUUUUACACAUUUAAAAAUUCCCUCAACCUCUUUUUUAAUUUAAUUCAGUGAUCAGAUCUUUCUGACUAACCUACCUUCAAUCACAGAACUCUGUUUCUUCAAUUAUAAGAUGUUCUCCUUGGCACAGUAUGAUCUGAUCCUGUCCACAGUUUCGAUGGUACCCAUUUCUAUCCUGCUACCAGAGUUGGCCCCUCUCUGCCAUUUCCUUAAGGCUCUGAUGGCCUGAAAUCCAGAGAAAGGCUUUAUAAAAUCAGAGAUUAUAACUGCCCAACAAUCUUUUAAUCUCUGUACUUUUCAGUUAAGCACUGGCUGCAAGAAAAAGUGGCAAGGAGGGAUAGAGAAAAACAAUGCAGCAGUGAAGUGAAUUUCUCAUCUCCUGGUGCAUGGACUUGCUUGUCCCUUAAAUUUCAACUUCUUAGGAAGAUCUUGGUGGCUUGGACAUUCGGCAAAUAGUUUGUACCUCUUGUGUGUAUAUUUCUAUGCAUGUCCUGGUUUCUUGAGAGCAUCACUCCUAAAAUCCCCAGUUGGGAAGACCAUGUUGACUGGGAAGCCUGGGAGUUGCAGUGCCAAUACAUCUAGAAGGUACAAAGUUAGGGAAGGCUAGUCUCCAGGCAGGCAACACUUUGCUCUGGUUUACCCACUCAUGUCCUCUUACUUUAUGGUUCAUUUAUUGUGCAAACCCAGAAAAAUGGAUUAAGCAGGGAAUAUAAACAUAGGAUUCUACAAAGCUGUGUGCAUCAGCAGGAGCAGAAAGUUUCAAAGGGAAUCCUUGUUUCUUUGUAAGGAAAGAUAUAGUCAGGGACCUCCUGCAUUUUGUAUAUUAUUACAGGGCUUCCAGAUAGAGAGUUCCUAACCUUUUCUAUCAAAAGACAUUCUACAGCUAUUCCCACUCUGUCAGCAGAUCUUUUAGCUUAGGAAAAAAGACAGGAGGGGUGGAAGGGUCAUAAAUGGAAGAUGACUUUGGUUACUUAUGCAAUAAUUUUGUCUCCUUUGUGGCUUUUCAAAUGGCUUCUUCCAUCUCUUUUCUUGCCUCAUGCACAAAAUGUUAAUGUAGGGAAAAUGGAAUAAUAGCAAAAGGGCAGCCUAUGAAAUUGGGAUGCUUAGGUCAAACAAAUUUGCAUUAAGUUGUUCAUCCAGGAGGGCUUUCUCUCAAACACAUGAAAGCAUAGAAAAACUACCUGUAUAGUUUCACAGGACGAAUUAUAUUUCCUUUCUUCUUUCUUUGGAUUUAUCCACCAAAAUGGUCAUCCCAAUUCAGCUUACAGAGUACUGCACACACAGCUAGUGUUGAUUUCACUGUGAAAUCCUAUACAAUCUUUCCUGGAAAACAAAGUAUAAGUUUCUGAAUUGGUGGUCCAUUUAAAAAAAAAACCCAAAUAAAUUAAGUAUCUUGGAGGCUGAACCCUUACCAAUGCACUCUUAACCCCUCACUCCUAACAGAUGCCAUUUUUCCAACCAAAAUGAAAUAUCAGCCUGCUACAGCCUUCCACUAUCCUUGAUGUUAUUGUUUCCUUGGCCUUCAUAGGAAGAUGUUUGGGAUUGAAGGAUCAAGAGAAAUGGUUGGAACAUGGAAGAUAAGUAAGCAAAGUAUGUGGGAUGAGUACAUUAACAGCAAAACUUACUAUCUGAUGCUUUAAGGAAGGAUGUUUCAAACAACAUUCCAAGAAACUCUUCACCGUAAGAGAUUACAGGGGGGGAAAGGAAAGUUCACCUGAAUGGAGCCCAUUUUCUAUCAUUAGAGCUUUGCCUUUUGAUCAGGGGUCCAGCAAUUUUUUAAUUAACAGAUUCCACAGCCUGAAAAUGUUUGCAAACCUCUGGAGUAGCUGAUAGCUCAUAUAGUUAAGAGGUUGCCCCUGAGGUCCAGCCUGAACUUCCUUCCUAGUAAUUUUAAGCCAUUGGAUCUAGAACUCCCUUCUGGAGCAAUAAGUAACUCGCUCCUCCUUUUGUGUGACAAGCUUGAGAUAUUUGAAGACUGCUAUGAUAUCUUCCCCUAGUUUUUUUUGUUUUUUGUUUUGUAGGCUAAACAUACCCAGAUCCUUUAACUGUUCCUUGUAGGCUUUGAUUUCCAGUCCCUUCACAAUCCUGGAAGCUCUGCUCCAAAGUUAUUCCAAUGUGUCACUGUCCUUUUUGAAAUGACCCCUGGAACACAGUAUUUCAAAUGGGCCUGACCAGGGCAGAGUAGAGUAAAACAAUUACUUUCCAUGGUCUGAAUUCUAUAGUCUUGUUGUAAUGCACCUCAAUUGCCUUUUUAGUAGCAAUUUCACAUUGCUGGCUCAUGUUUAACCUAUCGUUUACUACACUAGAAAUCAUACAAAUUAUGCACAGCAUAGAUAGGUUUUUGGCCCAGGAUAACCCAAUAGGUCAUCACAUGAAGUGGAGUGGUGGAAAAUCCUACAGCAGCAUCUAGAGGCUUGCAAAAGUUGUUGACUCCUGAUAAAAGGAUAAUCACAGAAACCAUAAACAUUAAAUUAACCAAGUUUUGUGUGCUGUGCUAAUCCACUGGACGAGUUGGUAAACUACCUACUCAGAAGCUUAGGCAGAAAGGGAGAAAAAUGACUUCCUGCUGGGGACACCCCAAUCCUGAAGCCAGUGUGUUCAACUGAAGGACAGUUCAACAGAUCACACGGGUAGUGUGGAUUACAGUUGAAGACGGAUUUGGACCCCGCACUUUGUUGUUUCCACUGUAUUUCCAGUGUCCUUUCACGAUGAAACUUGUCUGUUUGCAAGUGUGCAAGUUAAAGAGAAGCCCAGCAGCAAUGAGCAAAGGCAGCCCCCUUCCUGGUCCCCCCAUUGCACAGAUUUCUGGUAUGCAUAAUCUCUCUCUUCUUUCUGACAAGCUUAGCUUCAGGCCCCCACUGCCAAUCCACACGGGUCACUUCCUCUCCUGUUUCAUUGCAGUUUCCUGGGCCAAUUUACAGAGUGUGAAAAAUCAGACUCAGGGUGACCUUUGCCCCAAACAUGACAGCUUUGGUUACAAUCCUUUCCAAAACCAGAAAAUCAUGUGUUUGACUAGAUAAGCUUGUUGAUGUAUAUAAUUUUGUGAGAGCGGAAAGAAACAAAAGACAAAAAAGACUAUUCUGUUUUCAUUCCUUUCUGAACCUAAGCCAACAAUGGAGUAAAGCGAAAGUGGACAGUGUGAACAUGCCACUCGCUUUGUUUUUCCUUUCACUGACGGGUCCCAACUGUUCUCAGUGUAUUAGGAUCAGAUCUAAUUUCCUGAUUCUUCUCCUGAACAAAUCAUCGGUUUCCUCUCCCUAAGGGACAGCAUCUGUCAGGACUAUGGCUGAAAAGGCCACUUUUAGGGGGCUUCACGCAUGUAUUUAUUUAUUUAUUUGUCACCUGUCUAUCCUGCAGCAAUCCAAAGACUCUCACUGCACUAAACCAUUUUUAUUUAACUAUGGUUUACAGAAUAAGCCACAGCCAGCUGCAUUCACACAGCAGAUUACACGAGUCUUUAGGAUUAAGUUAUCAUCUAGUUAACUGACACCAAGCACAAUUCACCGUGCUGACGAUAGCAUUUAGGCUCCUAAAAAACCUGUGGUCUGGCAUAUUUUAGGAACCGGCUUUUUCCAAACUAAUCUAACCAUUCCUUAACAUGGGACAUCCCUUCACCAUUUCAUGCAGAAAGACUUCCAGUACUGCAUCUAAAGUAUGGAACUCCCUGCCUCAGGAGACCAGGUUGGCACCUCCCUGGUGGUCUUUGCCAAGUGGGAAAGAACUUCCUGUUUUAGGAAGGCAGCAUUUGUUUCAAAGAUAGUGGAAUAUUUUCAGAAAUGUUACUUGCUGGCUCUAUUGUAUGCUUUAAUUUGUUAAUGCUGUUGUAAUUAUUUCGGGGCAUAUUUUUUUUGGUUCUUCUUUUAAAUAAUUUAAAUUUUGUAUUAGUUAGCCAUCUUCAGUAAUGCAUAUGCAUUAGAAGGGUCGGAUAUAAUUUUUUAUAUUAAUAAAAUAUAAGUAAUUAAAUACACUUCACCAAAAUCAAGCUAACCACAUUACAGCUUAGUGUGAUGGGAAGACCUAGUCUAAGUGGGUGGCUGAUGUGGAGGGGGGAAAAAAAGGCAAAUUCCAUAUUAGGGAUCACUAAGAAAUGCAUCAGAAAUAAACCUGCUGAUAUUAAAGUGCACUUAUAAUCAUCUGUGGUGUGACUGCCUUGGAAUGUCACCUACAGUGUAGGCCACCACCAUGAAUUGUUCAGUUUGUGUACAUUUCAGCCCAAAUAGGAUGUUUAAAGAUGGAGAAAAUGCAGCCUUGCACAAGUGAGAAAGCUUUCACGUGGUCUCCUGCCCAGCACAUGGAACUGGACUGGAUGGCUGUAACAGGUCCUUCCAGGUCUAGGAGUCUCUCCAUAAUGCCGCAAUUCAUCUGAUGAAGCUAAAGGGCGGGAGAGUCAUAAAGAGGAGAGCCUGCUUUGCACAGCACAUGGAUAACUGGUUGAAUCCACCACUACUGAACACAUUGGCCCCAAUUGACAAAAUCAAUUUGCAAAUUUAUAGAAGGAAAGGCUGGUGAGUAAUUUCAAUAAUGAUGUCUCCUUUCUCAAACUUUGAUGGGAAGUGAGUUCAAUGUUAGUGAAAGGGGACUUGGACAGAAGGAUGGUGCCCCAUUUCCUGCUUCUGGACUUGCCAGAAACACCUGGAGGGUCACUGAGGGGGCAGAAUGCUGGACCAGGUAAUCCCUUGGUCUCCCCCAGCCACUUAUGCCCUGGUGGAUCCUAUAUUUAACACAAAUAUUGUUCUAGCCUCUCUUUAAAAGUUCACUGGUUUUAAAAACAUUGGGUAGCCUCUGCUCUAUUUUAUCAUAUUCUGUUCUUGCUGUUCAGCUCUUUUCCACUGGAGCAGCUCACAGAAGUAAAGACGUGAGAGAAAGGAGACUCACCAAGCCAGUGUGACAGCCCCCUGCCCAAAUCCUCAGCAAAAAUCUCCACAGAGACAAUGCUACUGCUUUUGAUCAGAACAGUCCAACCUGCUCUAAAGCAGCUUCAAAUAUUCCCCCUGAAGCGGCCUUGCUUUCUUUUUAAAGACUUGGUACUUAAAUCCAUGUAAUACGUUUGCAGGGCGGUUGGAUUAGCUGCCCUCAGAAGAGACUUCUUUGUUGCAUCUCUGCCUGAGGCACUGUUUUGGCCUUGCCACCUUCCUGUUAGUCUUUGUUGAACAGGUCUUCCAGAUCUCUCUUUUAUAAGCAGUUAUAACUUACUAGAAAUCCCUGGAGCUGAGGGACACAGCAGAAUUUGACAUGUUUGGAGGAGCCCUACCAGUGCAACUCUGCGUGAUCCCCUAGUCCAAGAGUUUUGAAAUUAUUUCAGGCUUCAGAACCUGUUAGUAAAAUAAUAAAAAAGAUCCUGGAACCCCUGAUCAAAAGGCAAAGCUCUAUGACUGACUGCAUUUGAAUUCUUUGUUGUUGUUGCCUUUAAGACUCUCAUGAGCGCCCAUCCAUCUCUUACAGAAUCCUAAGGUUCUAUAGGCCACAGCUUGAAGAUCCCUGCUCUAGCUUCUCUUCCCAAAAAGCCUUAAAGGCAGUUUAGCCUUCUCCUCUGUGACUGGAACAUUCAGGCUACACAUUUACUAUGUGUUUCCAGAAAAUCUUACUUCUGAGUAAAUGUGAACAGGGUUGCACUGUCAGGCACUCCCAAUGCAAAAGUUUAUUCCCCCUUAGAGGCAACCCAUCCUGCUAAACCAUGCUGUGUUUUAUUUCUUAUACUGCUCAUAUUUACCAUGGAAGGUUCUUGUGCCUGGAUCACAGUAAUCUUUUAGAAAAAUGUGGAAGGGUGUGCCUUUUAAAAAAACAUGAUGCAUAUCAGUUGUGAAACUUGCCGACCUUUACAUUUCCAGCUAAUAUAAUGUAUAUUAUCUAUUACUUCUCUCCAUUAUUUCUAAUCUGUGUAUUAUUUUUGUAUAUUCCUUGCCUAAUAUACCCAUUUCUGUGUGCA